GCACCUCAAUACACAGUCACAGUCCAGCCUUUGUCUUUUGAUAUUUGCGUGCUUUACCAAGUCGGAAGGUACGACGAGCAGAUAGACAGAUUAGUUCAGGCGCAGACAGAAUAAGGUGAAAACGUCUUCAUUCAAUUCCCUACAGAUAUAACAAAUUGGCGACGGGGUUUACCUUAAUUCAGUGAAGAUAUAACAAUUGGUGACGGGGUUUACUUUAAUUCAUUGCAGUUAUAGCACGCAACGACGACAGUUUUUAUUCUGUUCAGCGCAACUAUAUAACAUAUAAGUUCAGGCGCAGACAGAGCAAGAUAUAACAAUUGGCGACGGGGAUUUACUUUAAUUCAUUGCAGUUAUAGCACGCAACGACGACAGUUUUUAUUCUGUUCAGCGCAACUAUAUAACAUAUAAGUUCAGGCGCAGACAGAGCAAGAUAUAACAAAUUGGCGAACGGGGAUUUACUUUAAUUCAUCGCAGUUAUAGCACGCAACGACGACAGUUUUUAUUCUGUUCAGCGCAACUAUAUAACAUUUUUGACUGUGUUAAUUACAACCCAAUUAUAAUGUCUAUCUCUCUGGACGAUCUUCCGGUGACUGCAGUUGAGGUUGCCAGACACACACUGCGUGAUCCAGUUUUACAGCAAGUAUCAAAGUUCAUCCGAUUUGGCUGGCCUCCACAUGUUCAUUCAAAUGUUUUAAAACAGUUUUACCAGCGACGCAAAUCCCUAUCCAUCGUUAAUGGAUGCAUAAUGUUUGCUGAUCGUGUUGUCGUUCCAGCUAAUCUUCGUGACCAUGUGCUUCGGCAGCUUCAUAUAUCACAUCCUGGUGUUGGGAGAAUGAAGGCGAUCGCUCGCAGUUAUGUUUACUGGCCCAACAUCGAUGACCAUAUCGAAGACCUCGUUCGCAAGUGUAGUAAAUGUGCUCAAGCAUCAAAGUGUCCACGCAAGACAGAACUAUGUUCCUGGCCACGACCGGACAAACCAUGGUCCCGUGUUCAUGUUGACUUCGCUGGACCGUUCAAUAGUAUGCAUUUCUUAAUAUGUGUCGACGCGUUUUCCAAAUGGCCAGAGAUAUUUCCUAUGCAUUCUGCCACAUCAAUUGCAACAGUGUCCCUCCUACGUCAACUAUUACUGAACGUUUCGUCGACACCUUUAAGCGUGCUUAUGCAAAAGCGAAGGGGGAGGGAACAACAGAAAAAAUUUUGGAUAAAUUCUUGCUGCAUUAUCGUACGAAUGAAAAAGGACAGUUAUGUGGCAGACACACAGAUCACGCUCUAUCCAGUACCACGCAAAGGUCAACUCGACAAAGAAGAGCUCCGAAACCUUUUCAAAUAGAUCCAAAAAGCAAGUCCUACACUCUUUACGGGGGGAGGUGAUAGGAUCCCACAUAUUUUGGUAUUGACUGUUUAAACUUGCAUUUAUGGUAUGUUAUCAUUCUCACGCAUUUUGGUAUUGACUGCUAAUUUUGUAUAUUAUCAUUCUCACGCAUUUUGGUAGUGACUGCUAAUUUUGUAUAUAUGGUAUAUCAUUCCCACACAUUUUGUUACUGACUGUCAAUGUCGCACAUAUGGCAUAUUAUCAUUUCUCACACACUUUGUUAUUGGCUAUUAAGGUCAAUUAUUUCAAAUGCUGUUAGCUGUCCAUAUUGUUGUAAAAUGUAUAAAUACCAUGGCUUUCUUUAUCGUUGUUGCACCUCAAUACACAGUCACAGUCCAGCCUUUGUCUUUUGAUAUUUGCGUGCUUUACUAAGUCGGAAGGUACGACGAGCAGAUAGACAGAUUAGUUCAGGCGCAGACAGAAUAAGGUGAAAACGUCUAUCAUUCAAUUCCCUACCGUUAUAACAAAUUG